GAAAUGUAUACAACUGGCUUAGAAAGAAAUGCUUAACUAUUUCUACAGCUGUAAAGACAGCAUAAAAGAACGCUUUAAGCGUGUACUGAUAAUAUUUAGAGAUGGCGAAGAAAAUAAAUUAAUAUUUUGUAAAUGGAAUACGGAUUGCACGAUCUCCUCUGACAGUCUUUGCAAAAUAUUUACUAAUGUAGCGUUACGUCGCAUUGCAAAGCAGUAAGGCUAGCCCAGUUAAAAGUUUAACUAAAUAAUCCAACAUUAAUACAGAAACCCACAUCUAAAUUCGUAAAUACACGAACAUUAAAUACCAUAUCCGACAAACAACUGUAUUCUGCAGACGUCUAGAAGUUCGAAACUCUUGACGUGCUCCGCCCCUUAAUGUCUGUACAGUCAGUAUGGAACCCGGAACUCGUGCAGUAAGGGUCUGGCUGACGUGGAGUACCGGAUCAUAGCGACGCAACGCUUGAAGGAAACGUACCUGAAGGGCCCCUUAACUUCAUCCAAAAAUGAGGAGUGAAAUGUGCAGUCCUGUGUUGCUUUUGUCACAGUUAUUGCUUUUCAGCAUUUUGGUGCUGAUUGUUACCGCUAACCAUUACAAAGAAGGGGACCGUGUGAUGUUAUAUGUAAACAAAGUAGGUCCUUACCAUAACCCACAAGAGACAUAUCAUUACUAUCAACUGCCAGUUUGCAGACCUAUGGAAAUUCGGCAUAAAAGCCUAAGUUUGGGUGAAGUACUUGAUGGCGACCGUAUGGCUGAAUCCAUGUAUGAAGUCGACUUUAGAAAGAACGCAGAGAAGAAGACCCUCUGUGAGGAGAAGCUUGGCGUGAAUGAGGUGGAAAAGUUGAAAGAUGCCAUUGAGGAAUUGUAUUAUUUUGAAUUUGUGUUGGAUGAUAUUCCAAUCCGGGGAUUUGUGGGCUAUGUAGAAGAGAGUGGCUUUCUUCCUCACACUCACAAAAUUGGGCUGUGGACACAUUUGGACUUCAAUAUCGAGUAUAAUGGAGAUCGCAUUAUUUUUGCAAAUGUCACCAUGAAGGAUGUGAAGCCUUUCAGCUUGGAUGAUGCACAUAUUCCUUUAUCAGUUACACACACCUACAGUGUGCAUUGGUUUGAGACUAGUCUGCCAUAUGAGAGGCGAGGUGAGCGAAGUCGAGACUACAGCUUCUUCCCAAAAACACUUGAAAUUCACUGGCUGUCCAUAAUAAACUCUAUGGUACUUGUCUUUCUUUUAAUGGGCUUUGUCGUCAUUAUCCUUAUGCGAGUUCUAAAGAAUGACUUUAGUCGCUACAACAUAGAGGAUGAGGCUGGUGAAGACUUUGACCAAGGUGAUAAUGGCUGGAAGAUCAUUCAUACAGAUGUUUUCCGUUUCCCACCAUAUAAGAGCCUACUUUGCUCUGUUCUUGGAGUCGGCAUGCAGUUUCUGACUCUUGGCACAGGGAUUAUUGUCAUGGCACUGAUGGGGAUGUUUAAUGUUCACCGCCAUGGUGCUAUAAAUUCUGCAGCGAUACUCCUGUAUGCAUUAACCUGCUGCAUCUCUGGAUAUGUCUCCAGUAACUUCUACCGUAAGAUUGGUGGAGAACGCUGGGUGUGGAACAUCAUCCUUACUACAAGUUUGUUUUCCGCACCAUUUUUCCUUACCUGGAGUGUUGUAAACUCUGUUCAUUGGAUUAAUGGCUCAACACAAGCCCUUCCAGCCACAACCAUCCUACUACUACUUACAGUAUGGCUACUAGUUGGGUUUCCACUCACUGUCAUUGGUGGUAUCUUUGGUAAGAAUAGUGCUGGCAGCUUUGAUGCACCAUGUCGUACAAAGAACAUUGCUCGGGAAAUCCCUUCUCAGCCGUGGUACAAGUCAAACAUUGUUCAUAUGACCAUAGGUGGCUUUCUGCCAUUCAGUGCCAUCUCUGUUGAACUGUACUACAUAUUUGCAACAGUAUGGGGCCGGGAGCAAUACACUCUUUAUGGAAUUCUCUUCAUUGUCUUUGUCAUACUUUUAAGUGUCAGUGCCUGCAUCUCCAUCGCCCUAACGUAUUUCCAGCUGUCGGGUGAGGACUACCGUUGGUGGUGGCGUUCCAUCUUCAGCACAGGAUCCACUGGCCUCUUUAUCUUCAUGUAUUCUGUUUUCUACUACUUCAAGCGUUCCAGUAUGUCUGGAGCUAUACAGACAGUGGAAUUUUUUGGGUAUACCUUUCUCACAGCCUACAUAUUUUUCCUCAUGCUGGGAACUGUUUCCUUUUUUGCUUCUCUAAAGUUUAUUCGAUAUAUUUAUGUAAAUCUGAAAAUGGACUGAGGUUCUACUGAACAAAAUAUGGGAAAGAAUGACUUAUCAUACCUUUUUGUGUAUGUCAGUUUGAAGAAUGUACCUAGCAGCCUUUAAGAGAAUAUGGGGAAGUGUUUGAUUUUUUUUUCCUUUGUUUGAUGUAUAUGACAUGGACAAUAGAAUUUCUUUUUUGUUUUUUUUUUUUCUUCAAGGUAGCUGAAGACAUUUGAUAGCUCACAUUCACUCUUCCAAAAGGCCACCUUGGUCCCACAUUAAAGUGUUCCAGAACAGUUUGAGUUUGCCUUCCCAGUGGUCCACUUUGGUGAAUGUUCUUCAGAGUUAUAAGGUCACUAGUUUGGACUCGUUUAGAACCAAUAUAUUAAUAAGUACCCAUCAGGGUUUCUCCAUUCUUUGAACUCUUCUCUAGAGAAGUGCUAAACAAGGACUGUUUUUCUGACAGCAACCAUUUUUUUUUUUGCAAAAGUGACUAUGUAAAUGAAGAAUCUCAAACCAAUCAUUGUCAGAGUAUGUACAUGUAAUUCAAAUUUCAGUCUGGCAGAUGGUCUGUUCGAAUACAUUUGUUUCUCCUUUUCAUGUUAUAAAGUGCCAUAGGAGACUUGAUUUUUCAAUAUUUUAUAUUUGUUUUGGGCUAUUUUUUUUAAUUCUGUUCAUCAUGAGGCAAGAGAAACAAGUGGUUUAAUUCUGUUUUUACAUUUGUGAAAGAUCUGAGCUCACGUGAUAUUGGCAUGAUUUUAGUGGCGCAGCAGGUAGGAUGACUUUAAUGUUGGAUGACCAGAAGGUUGUGGGUUCUAUUCCCACUCCAGGUGAUUGGAUUGCAGCAUUAGGAGGGUGCUGUACUUUUGAACGUGUUGUCCUUUGGGUGAGAUGUUAAACAAGUGUUCUAUUGAGUUGAUAACAGCUCAAGUGAAUGUAAAACAUCCCAUGCACCUAUCAAAGAGAGUAAGGGAAGUUCCAUGUUGCCCUGGUGAAACUUUUUCUAGUAGUGUAAAGGUCAGGUUUCUCUUGAAAACAAGCUACCUGUUGAGUGGGACUGUUCUGGUCAGCAAAGGAUAGAUACAAUAAAGUAAAGUUCUGGA